CCCAGACACGCGGGCGCGCGCCUGACCAGACAGCGGCCUGAAUGCCUGGGAUGAGCGCGGGACGGCGGCAGUGGUGCGCGCGAGAGCUUGGCCGGGCCACGUAGCGGGGCUGAGGAGGACGCACCGGCGCAGGUACCUCCGCAGCCCAUAACGCACAUCAACACAUCCUGUUCCACAUUCGAAACAACAAAAAAAAGACCACUGGCACCUCUAAGUACACAUCCGCCAAUGUAGAGGGAGGGUGAGCGAGAAAAGUGCGCGUGCAAAACCCGAAUCUGUGCAACUCUGAUUGCACGAGCGCAAGAGAGGUCGCGCUUGACGGAGGUAAUGCUCUGUAAAUGGCUCUUCAAGCAUGACACCGGAGUCUCAUGUCUGGCAUUCAGCUUGUCUUUACCUGCUCUGCAAUUUGAAGACACUGGCACCCAGUAGACCACCAGUCAUCAGAGGAACUGGAUCUGGCUCUUGCUUACAUUUCAUAUAAUUACUGAGUAGGAAGCUGGCUUCAGAUGUUCAGCAUCAAAGACAAUCAGCCUUUGAUUUUGCAGUCAGAUUUUUUUUUAUAAGCAUAUGACAUUAAACUGGGAAGAUUUUGUAUGUCUUUCCAACAGCAUUCCCUACCUUGGACAGCAUGGAUGCUCUCUUUGAAUCAGGUUGACUCUCUCUCACCUCAUCCCCUCCUUCCUGUCUCCUUCACAGAGGGAAGGUGGGGGAUUGGUGUGGCAUCCCCUGCCUCUCCUUGUAGAAUACACUAGUCUAACAAGGCACCGUAGCAGUAAAUCUCCAUUAUUGUGACCAGUUUAACCCCUCUAUUCCCCCUCCCUCUUUAUGAAAUCCUGCCAGACCCUCAAGGAAGAGGUUUCCAUCCCGAGCCUUGGCGGGAUGUCACAGGAAGAAGCACGUAGGGCGCCACUGUCCCAGACCUAUUUUCACCCCCCUAACCCAGAUCUGGACCUGACGGGCAAGCUUUAUAAGAGGGAGGUUGGUGGCAAACCUUAUUCUGUGUUAGUGGACAAUAAAAUGGCAGCCAAGGCAUCCAUUGGGGAUCAGAAUAUUGGUCAGUUGCCCACACAACAUGCGGCACCACAGCAACAUCAGCAAUAUUUCAGAGAGGAAGGAGCAGGACAGGAGGUGGAGACGCAGGGGUCCCAGGCUGGCAACGAUGGCUCCUCUGAAGACACGGAGGACGACGAGGAAGAGGAGGUUGAGGAUGAGGACGUUGAGGAAGAGGGCUUCAAGCGCGAACAGAUCAUUGUUGAGGUUAACCUGAACAACCAGACUCUUCAUGUAUCCAAAGGUGAAAACAAAACCACACCAGAUGACUUGGUAAGACCUAUCAGUGAUGAUGAAGACGAUGAUGACGAAGAGGAGGAGGAGGAAGAAGAAGAAGAAGAAGAGGAGGAGGAGGAGGAAGAUAGCCCUGAGGAAGAGGAAGAAGAUGAUGACGAAGAUGAUAUUGAGAGACGCAAAACAAGGUCAAAGAGGGCCCGUCGUUGUGCCAGUAGCACAGCUGCUCCCAGCCAGCCACGCAGGAAAAGCCUCCGAACGUCUCUCAGGACUGCCACUGCUGGAAUGACAACCAGGGGGCGACGGAAGCACAUGGACCCGCCAAAGAGCAUCCGUAGAUCAGCCCGGUCAGCGCCAUCGUCUGCCGGUUCCAUGACCACAGCAGCGGGAGGCAAAGCAGAGGUGGAGGAAAGGGAGAUGUUGGCGUGUGAGAAGUGCCCUCGAGUGUUCAACACACGCUGGUACUUGGAGAAGCACAUGAAUGUGACACACAGGCGAAUGCAGAUUUGUGACAAGUGUGGCAAAAAGUUUGUCCUGGAGAGUGAGCUGGCCUUGCAUCAGCAGACUGACUGUGAGAAGAACAUCCAGUGUGUCUCCUGCAACAAGUCUUUUAAGAAGCUUUGGUCACUGCAUGAGCACAUCAAGAUUGUGCAUGGCUAUGCAGAAAAGAAAUUCUCAUGUGAAAUCUGUGAGAAGAAAUUCUACACAAUGGCUCAUGUGCGUAAGCAUAUGGUUGCUCAUACUAAGGACAUGCCAUUCACCUGUGAGACGUGUGGGAAGUCCUUUAAACGCAGCAUGUCUUUAAAAGUCCACUCACUACAGCAUUCUGGAGAGAAGCCCUUCCGUUGUGAGAACUGUGACGAGCGGUUCCAGUACAAGUACCAACUGCGCUCCCACAUGAGCAUUCACAUCGGACACAAGCAGUUCAUGUGCCAGUGGUGUGGCAAAGACUUCAACAUGAAACAGUAUUUUGACGAGCACAUGAAAACACACACAGGAGAGAAGCCUUUCAUUUGUGAGAUCUGUGGAAAGAGCUUCACCAGUCGACCCAACAUGAAGCGCCACCGCCGCACUCACACAGGAGAGAAGCCCUAUCCCUGCGAGGUGUGCGGCCAGCGCUUCCGCUUCUCCAAUAUGCUUAAAGCGCACAAAGAGAAGUGUUUCCGGGUCACCAGCCCUGUGGUCCUGCAGACCAGCGGCCCACCUGUGCCUGUCCGCAUUUUUACCAACACCUACUCCUCUUCCUCUUCCUCUUCCUCGUCCUCUGGACCCGGACCCUCAGCUGCCAACCCAGCCAACACCUCUGCUCCCCUGGGCCUCAGUCCAACAGGGGGGCCCAUGCCUCCUCGAGGCCCGGUAGGACACACAUUCUCCCAUGUGCAGCUCCACUCGAGCCCUCCGCACCAUCACCCCCACCCCCACCCCGCAACAACCGAACAACAUCUCUCAAACACACCCCAACAUGCCUCACCGCACCAUCAUCACCUGCCUGUGCCCCCAGUCUCCCACCUUCCCCCGCCUCCUGCCCUUUUCAAGAGUGAGCCCCUCAACCACUGUGGGCAUGAAGACAGCAGCUAUCUGCACCACAUGGCCCACUCUGACAAGGGUCCUGGAGCCCCACAGCACCACUGAACUGCACCUUGUUCUUGUUCAUAGUCCUGCCUCAGUUGCAAGACCUGUAAUACAAGGAUAUUCCUCUCAAAACAGGUUCCAAUAAGUGAAGCUAAAACACAUUAGCAUAGGUGUGAAAGGUUUAGACUGAUGCAGCCUUAGUUCACACAUUAUUUAAGUAAGACCCUUACUUCAGAACCCUGAUCAACUGACACAGACUUUACCACCUGUUUUUUCCUCCAGUGUUCUCAGAGGAAGUCUACACAAAACCAUUUCUUUGUGAGCUCUCUGUCUAUACUUUGAGUAUCAAGUAUCUCCUUGUCAUCAUAAGCUGCUGAUGGAGGUCACUGUAUGUAUUACCUGGGUUUCAUGGAUCAUCAAGAUCAAGUGUCAUUGAACUUUGAUCUUUAAGUCAAGUUGACUUAAGUUUGCACACAGGCUUUCUGUGCAGAUUCUACCACAGCAAUACUCAACCUGUUCCACAACUUGUUCUGCGGACCUUCAGGCAUCAGAUAUUCAGUGAAUGUUGUAACUGGUUUUAACUGAACCUCUGGCUGCUUUCAGACAAAAACUGAGCUCCAGAGAUUCUCCAGAAAUUGUGCAGAGCAGCUGUAUGUGUGUGUAAAGGCAAAUGUCCGGCGCACAUGUCAACCCGGAGAUUCUCCUUCCAGCUCCUGUGUAUAAUCUUUGGUUAAUAUCUGAAUGAGCUCAUGUGAAAACACAGCAGGAGGAACUCAGGAGAAUCCACACGAGGGAAUAGGUGAUUAUCUGCAUGCUCAAGCCAGGUGUAACACCUGCGUUUGGAUCCUCCUUUGAUCCUCCUGCUGCUGUGAAUGCCUCUCACCAGACAAUGUCGUGCUGUGUUCAUCAUACGUGAACGCCAUACCCUGGAGAAAGUUCUGACCCAAAUCUUUGGACAUUAUCUGGAGUUCCUGUCUGAAAACAACUGUUCUCUGGCCAAGGCUGAGACUUUCUGUGUGGGGUCAACAGAAGUAGUGCAAGAUGCAGUGCCAUAGGUUACAGUGAUGGGGGCGGAGGGGAGGGGAGGUUUGUUUGAAACGGACAUUAAAAUGUUUUGUAAAUGGUUACGUUGAAUCCAGACAUAGUCUACGAUUCACAUCAUGGCUAAAUGGUGCUUUCCAUUCCAGUACGUAAAAAUAUUUCUUAACUUUGCUUUUCCAUUUGAUUUUCAGAAGUGUGAUUUUACACAUUAACAAUGUAUUGUGUCAUAUACAUCAUGUCUUGCCAGGUUUCUUUUUUACAUUGGAUCUGAGGUUUUGACUAUGAUAUUUUGUGAACAAGAAAGUCAUUUUAUGCAGGACAUGCCCUCGGCACACACACACACACGCACACGCACACGCAGCCUCACACUUAACUCAAGCACACCCUAAAGACAGAGACCGUAUGGUCACUGAUUUACUUACUGUGAUCAGUGCAACCUCAGUUUCAGUGCUGUUGGUCAACAGAUGCUUUUAGAUAACAGGUGACUGUCAAGUACUGCCACUGUGAGGGGCCAAGACACACGGCCCCAUCAGGACUUAACCCCACCUCCCUUCGCUGCUGACAAAAUGAUACGGGUUACCAUGUUAAAGGUCAUGUGACACAUACACACAGUAUACACACACACACCAGGGACCUUUUUUUUCAACGCAGGUCUUAACAGACAAUUAUGCAUAUUCCUCUCAGCCUAUAUUCCAUGGUUUGGUGUGAGGCAUUUUAAUAUUAACAGUUUGUAUUGACUUUCAUCAUACUGACAUGCCUGUCAUUGCCACGCAGGCAAAACCUGUUCAAACCUCUGGAAUGUUGCCUACGCAAAAUGAUGGCCGACAAGUCAUUUUUUUGUGUCGUUUUUAUGUUCUCUGAUGAUUUGCUCACUUUUAAGCUAACAAAUUGUUCCGUAGUGUAGAUAUAUAUACUGUUUUAGCACACAAUAGGAAAUGUCAGGAUAAUGGGCAGUCGUCAUGCAGUUCUGAACACUUGGAAGUCUUUGUAUAGAUAUAAAAACAUGUGUGUGAACAAGUCGGCGCAAAGAAUUUACAUGUGUUAAUGUAACAGCCGACGACGUGAAUGUUAUUUGUUUUUAAAGAAGCAGAAAUCUUGGGCAUGAAUUUAGGUCGCUUGGUUGCUACUCUGUCACCAUUCGGACAGUGUGUUGAGUGUGUGCGUGCGUGUGUGUGUGUGUGUGCGUGCGUGCGUGUGUGUGUAUUCCUGAAUGCAUGUUAGUCUCUACCAGUCUGUUUUUGUCUGGUCGUUCCUAGUGCUCUUGUACCAAAAGCUGCUUUUACAGUGUGCCCCAAUAUGUGUAUUUUGGGGGAUACAUGACAUAGACAAUAGCAGUAAAUUUAAGAUCCUUCCACCACUCUAUAAAGGUGUUCAGUCUCAAGUGGUUAAGCUCAGUAGGAAAGGGUGUCCCCCUUCGUUGAGACCUGCAAUUAUCCUGCCAUUUCUCUGGGUCUUAAUACGGCUUCUCAUGCUGUCCCUUUAGUUUCACUGCAGUGCUUCAGCGUGUUGCAGUAUGAAUCUUUGUCCUUUUUUGUUGAGCCUUUUCAUUUGUGUGUAUUCUCUGCACUUUACUGCUGCGUGGGUGAGGCGCAGGGAAGGGAGGGACUGACAAUGCAUUGUGGAGCAGAGUGCAGUUGUGGCUGCAAGGGAAAGGGUGGAGGUGAUUACUUUGAGUGGAUGUUUUUAGGCAAGGAAAGGAGGAGAAUCCAUGGCGGAGGCAGCUUCUGUGGAAGGGACCAUAGCAGUAAAGUCAGGACAUUGCCUUUUUUUGUAAGAGGCUUAAAUUGAAUUUUCUAUUUUGUAGGAAAAGAAAUUCCUCUAAUAUGGACCUUCCCUCAAAGUGAAAGCAAUGUUCCUCCUGCUUUGGCUACUUCACACGAGCACUUCUAAGUAUAGUUCAUCUGAAACACAUUCUUCUUGUGUUUAGUUUCAUGGAGUCUCGACGUAUUUCAUUUUGCAUUUCAGUUUGAUUCUACUCCUCCUUUCUUUGUUAUAUAGAAUGCACUUUCUACUAAAAUUCUUGGCUAGUUAAGAUAAAAUAACAUUGUAUAUUCUUUAAAGAUGUUUUAAAAAAAAAUCAAUAUACUUUUUUCCCCUUUGUAUUUUUAACCACUUAAUGUAGCAUUGCGUAUUUUAUUAUUGUAUCUGGUACAAAAUGUGCAGCUUUAUAAUGUCCUGGUUUGUCUUUUUUUGUAUGUUACCUGGAGAAUUGAGAAGUGGGGGGAAAAGUUGGGCCUUUUUUGAUAAUAUACAUUUAACUGACUGCUAACUUUGAGAAGUAAAGACAAGUAGCCAUGAUUA